AUGAAACCAACAAAAAGUUAUGCGAAAGUGAUUCAUCCACUUCAAGAACAAUUCGACAUGAUGUAUUUGAUAUUUGAAUUUAUUGGAAUCUCUCCGAUCGUGGCUGUCGAUUUGUCUCUUGUUUGUAAGGAUUGGAUGCAAGUUAUUCGAAAGUUGCCAAUUAGUUUAAAUUUGUUUUAUGCUUCAAGAAAUUUAAAUCUGGAAAUGAGUGAAAAAUUAGACGAAUUGUUAUUCGAAAGAUUGGAUGGACUUUCCUUGUAUGAAAAUUGUAGAGCUCCAGAGCCAAUUUCGAAAAUACUAAACUCUUCCUUGGUUUCGAAUAUGAAAAAAUUAAAACUUGCUUGUUCUCAAAAGUUGGCAAUUCAAUUAUCCGAAAGAAACAAUUUGAGGAAUUUGACAGAAUUGAGAAUUGUAGAUUCGAAUAUUUCUAACGAUGGAGGAAUUGCUCUUGUUCAGUGUGAAAAUUUACAAAAUUUAAAAUUUUUACAAUUGGAUGAUAAUGAGCUAGGUGUGAAAUUUGCAAAAUCAUUAUCCGAAAGCCCCUACAUGACUAAUUUGGAAUCUUUGAGCUUGGAUAUUAAUUUUUUACGAGAUGAAGGUUUGAAAUAUCUUUCGAAUAGUUCCACAUUGAAACUAACCUAUUUAAGCUUGGCAAGAAAUGACAUUUCUCACAAAGGAGCUUCCUAUAUUUCGUCCAGUUUCAAUUUAUCCCAACUGAAACAUCUCAAUCUCAAUGGAAACCAUAUUUCAGAUGAAGGAAUAUACGAAAUUUCACAACUCGAAACUCUAACAAGUUUACAUUUAAGUGGAAAUCAAAUUACCACCACAG